UGAAUUAAAAGGUUGAUAUAUAGAAGAAGAAGAGAGAAUGAAGAAGGUUUUAAUAACGGGAGUUGGUAAAGGGUUGGGAAGAGCACUCGGAAUAGAGUUAGCAAAGUUUGGUCAUAUUAUUAUCGGUUGCUCUCGUUCCCAAACUAACCUUAAUUCACUUAAACAACACCUCCUCAAUAUCUCUUCACACAACCAUUUGCUUCUCAACAUUGAUGUGAGUUGCGACGACAGUGUUAAGGAGAUGACACGAAUUGUGGUAGAAAAAAUUGGAAUUCCUGAUAUAAUUGUAAACAAUGCGGGUGUAAUUAAUAAGAAAGGUAAGAUUUGGGAGAUCCCUAGGGAAGAGUUUGACAAAGUAAUUGACAUAAAUAUAAAGGGCACCGCAAAUGUAUUACGCCAUUUUAUUCCUCUCAUGAUUCCUAUAAACAAAGGCAUCAUUGUUAAUAUCUCUGCUAUUGUGGCAACAUUCGGUGUCCCUAUGGCAUCACCAUAUUGUAGCUCAAAAUGGGCGACCGAAGGGUUAAGUAAAUCAGUAGCAAAAGAGGUAGGAGAUGGAAUGACGAUUGUGACAUUGGAUCCUGGCGUUGUUAAUACACAAAUGCUAUUUACUUUAUUGGGCAAUACUUCUUCUCAAUUCCAAACUCCUCAAAAAUGGGCUACGAAAGCAGCUCCAAUGAUAUUGAAUCUUACACGUACUGAUAAUGGUGCAUCUCUCACCGUUGAAGAUCCUGGCAUUCUACCAUUAUAAUCACAUAACUUAAUUUUGGUACAAAGCAACAUAUUUCAACGAGUUUUAGUAUGAAUAAGUUACUAUAUAAAUUUUGUAAUUUCUAUAGAAAAAUUGUAAUGGAUGGCAAAAUGGAUGGAUUAAGAAUUUGUAUUAUUAAUAAUUCAGACAUAAAAUCAAAUACACAAAGGGAAUUAAAAAGAAAAGAGAUAAAAGAUGAAUAUGUGUGUUAAGAAAACUUCUCCAAAGCCCUUUGAUAUUGUUGAAAGUUGAGGUUUUGCAACUUGAUCAUGAGGAUGGCAUGCUUGAAAUCAAAUUCGGUUCUAUAAAUUUGCACUUCCCCGUA